AUUCUUCUAUUUCCAGAUAUUGACGAGUGUGCUAGCGGUACUGAUGACUGUCACAGUUCACUUGCUUCUUGUACCAACACAGUGGGAUCCUUUAGUUGUACGUGUAAUAAUCCUUCCAGCGGAGAUGGCAGAACUUGCAAUCUACCUUCAGGUAACGAGAAAGAUCAGGGGUUUCGUUACAGGGCGGGACGCCGGACGCAACGUCCGUUUGUUUGACAUGCAACGUCCGGUAGUUCACACACGUAAUACUAAUUUUUUAAGUGUGAAAAUCGUUUUUUUCCAUUUAUUAACCAAAGACUUGACCCUUAUUUUACUCACUUAGUUAUGUAAUGCAUACAAUCGAAAAAAAAAAGAAAAAAGAAAAAAAGAGAGAUAAUUUCUGUCAUACACAUGUAUAAUUCAAAUCAUUAUUCAGCAUUCCCCAUCGAGAUCACUCCCCCCGUCUCCUCCUUAGCUCGCGAACAGCAGACGCAUUUCCGGUCGUCGCUUCUAUCCCUCCGAAAAAUAGCGUUUGCGAACCCGAGCGGCUAAACGAUUUCCGUGACGUAAAGCCUUUUGUUUUGAUGUUGGCCAAUCAGAUCAAAGGAUAGAAUACAGCUCGAGUGACUUCUCGCGACCUCGCGCGUUGAAGUGUAUUGGAUUUCGAAGAGAGUUACCAAAUACGCUUUGGAACCACGCUUUGGAACGUGAAUUUCACGACCAUAACAAGGUUUCCUGCGACGUUGAAUGUUGACUUCUUUACGUAGCAACUGCUUCUUAAGCUAUGUAUGUGAUGUGGGCCUUUGGUUUCGCUUUGUACGGUAGUACGUGACAUAAACAAAACCUGGACAAACUAAUUGCUACGGCUAAAGGAAAGUAACAUAGCUUAAUGACAUCCCGCUCAGACUUAUUAGUCUCGCUUGCGUAAGCAGCGAGACUCAUAAUCUGCAACGCGUUUUUUGCCCCGGGGAGGGUGGGCGGGGGCGGGGGGAGUCCCUUAUAUAGGCUGUAUAGGUAAGUGCCGCGCCAAAAGGUCUUUCAUUUUUAACCGUUUUGGUUUGAAAUAGGGUUUCAAUUUCGACCAUUUUGGUCUGAAACAGAGUAUGGUUUGUGCCUUGUAGUCUUGAAUUGGGUAUUUAGCUACUUCUUCAUCAUUUGGCGAUAGCACCAUUUCCCUUUUAAUGUUUACGCCAACUACCGUGUACGUGCCGUAACAGCUUUUAUUUUAUAUAUACUGAGAUUUUCACAUCAAAUUUUGCUGUGUGAAAAAGCGUUUCGGAUUUUACUUCGACCAAUCAGAGAGGCGAGACGAGUUUCUCACACGCGAAAAAAUCGUUUCGUCCAAUCACAAACCACGGUUUAAGCGAAUUGUGUUUUCGCGGGCUUUUUCGCGAUCAUCGCGGGUAGCUUUGUCGGGCAGCUUUGACAAGAUAAUAUUUUCGGUGUACUCGAGCUGUUCGUAAUUCAAACUUAUCAAGAGCUAUGAGGUAUUUUUGAGGAUGGCUGAACAAUCAAGAUUUGUGUCUCUAGACAAACCUAUAGACAAGUUUAUCGAAGACCAAAAAAACAAGAACACUCUUUCAAAGACACGAAGAGAUGUAAGUUUGCUGACUGAGUUUCUCAACUCCAAAAAUUGCGUUGCGUUACUACCGUGAUUCCGUGACUGUCAUUUUGACGGCUCCGUCUCUUCAAACGUACGUUAUGUCACGUGCAGCACGUAACAGAUUGUCACGCAGAGUCGCCGGCUGGUAGAGUUCAGUGUUUCAAAAUGGCUAAAAUUGAUCCAGUUUAGUAGUAAAGGGUGCACCGAAUUAACCCCUUUUUUGGGGUGGAUUCUCAUUAGCGUGGGGAGGAAUACAUUAACGCCGAUGACGUCAUAGGCUAUUGUCCUCAUCUCAUGAAUAAACUGCGCAGGAAUCUCAUUAAGAUAAGGUCAUGUGCUAUUUUUAUUUUGUGGCGGUCAUGGUUGGUAUAACCGGUUUGACAGGUUAGUUAUUUUUGGAAGAUGAUGUCAUAUGUAUUCCGGGGUACUAUGAUGUCAUAGUUGUUUUGAUUGGUUGACCGGAAUUUGAAAGACGCUCAUUGGCUGUCUCGUUUGACGAAGCAUUCUAAACUUGUCUGUGACUUAAAAUCACGGAGGCGUAAUGUAAUUAUGCAAGUCCUAUUUCCUGCUGCUGUGAUUGUCCUAGUUCCGGUUCACUGACUUUUGGCGGGCAAAUCGUGCAUAGUAAUGAGGGCAAAGACAAACUAGCUCUUGUCCUAUUUCCUGCUGCUGUGAUUGUCCUUGUUCCAGUUCACUUAUUUUUGGCGGGUAAAUCGUGUAUAUUAAAGAGGGCAAAGGCAAACUAGUUCUUUUUUACACUGCAAGCAAUGCUUUACUUACCCCUCUCCUUUUCAUUUUUUAUUUUCCUCCUCCUCCACAAUUUUAUUAUUCUCCUUCCUCAAUUUUUUUAUUCCCAUUUUUCCCUCCUCCUCCUCCUCCUCCUCCUCAUUUCUAUUGUUUUCCCUCCACCACCGCCACAUUUCUAUUGUUCUCCCUCCACCACCACCACCACCACCACCACCGCCACAUUUCUAUUGUUUUCCCUCCACCACCACCACCACCACCACCGCCACAUUUCUAUUGUUUUCCCUCCACCACCACCACCACCGCCACAUUUCCAUUGUUUUCCCUCCACCACCACCACCACCACCACCGCCACAUUUCUAUUGUUUUCCCUCCACCACCACCACCACCACCACCGCCACAUUUCCAUUGUUUUCCCUCCACCACCACCACCACCACCGCCACCACAUUUCUAUUGUUUUCCCACCACCACCACCACCACCGCCACAUUUCCAUUGUUUUCCCUCCACCACCACCACCGCCACAUUUCUAUUGUUUUCCCUCCACCACCAUCACCACCACCACCACCGCCGCCACCACAUUUCUAUUAUUUAUGACCGCCACAAAAUAAAAAUAGCACAUGACCUUUCUUUAUGAGAUUCCUGCGCAUUUUAUUCAUGAGAUGAGGACAAUAGCCUAUGACGUCAUCGGCGUUAAUGUAUUCCUCCCCACGCUAAUGAGAAUCCUCCCCAAAAAAGGGGUUAAUUCGGUGCACCCUUUACUACUCAGUUUCACCUUUUUACACCACUCUUUGGUUGAACAAAGGAAUUUUGCAACAGGAAAACCUACAAGAAGUACAAAAAAACGAGCCUUUAGGCGGUAAUGUCUACUUUUGUGCGCUUCGAAAUUGGAAGUGUUUACACAAUGACUGCCGGCCUACCAUGAAAAUUCCUCAACUUUGAUGGUGUCUUACAAAGAUUAAAUUCAAUAACCCAAGCCAGUUUCUUGGUAUGUUUUAAAUGAAUGUCUAAAUCUGUGAUUUAAAUAGCAUGAAGCAGGAGCCAAUGAAGAGAAUUUGGAGUUAUACCACAUGUUAAAUAUUGCCGUCGAAAAUGAGUAACGAACUUAAGUUUUUGUUAUCCUGAAAACCUAUCCCUCGUUUUUAAAUUAUUUCGGGACGACGAGUUUCCCUAUUGUCCUGAAAGUAUCUUUUAGUGGAAGAAAAAGAUUCUUUUUCUGUUCAUGGAAAGUGUGCAAAUUUCUCCAUGCGUCUUCGUUUGCGAACGCGAGGAAAGUUGAUGUUAUGCGAAUUUCAGGUUAAAAAUUAGAGCAGUCUGAUACUCAGACAUCGAAAACCAAUCUUGUAAUUUUUCUCACAAAUAAAAAGCUUUUGACAGGAACAAUCUACUUUAGGUUUCUUAUCUACCUAAAAGUUAUCUAUGAACAAAAUGUGAAAGAAAUUGCCACGGUCGAUUUUUCCUCACCGUCGCUCUUAAAACCCUGAGAAGAACAUGUAUUUAAAGAAAUAUAAGAACAAAUAUAAAACGCUUUCGAUCUGAUCAAAGUUCUGUCAGAACCUAGAAGGAACCACGCAUGGGAAAUCAAUUACUACACGUCCUAGCUUUCAAAGAUAAAGGACGUCUACUAAAAAAUAUCCAUAAAGCGGCACACGACAGACUAUCGAAGAGUUCUACAAAGCAUACUUUCCUGCCAGGAACCAGAAAGGAACAGAAGCAACAAACGGCAUGAUGCGUCUACUGUCAUUAGGACAUUCAUCGUUUCAAAUAUGAUCAAAACAACUAUAUGUGUGAUAAAUCAUUGGCUCCGUAGGCAAAUAGAUAAAAAGUUUCCUCUAAUCUUUUCUUCAAUAUGAAUCCUCUUGAUGCUUAUUUCAUCAAUCAGUCCCACAAUCCUGGCAAAUUAACUUUCGUAAACGCGUCGUUCUGAGAAAAAAGGGUGGCUAUACACAAGCUACGUCGUCCUUUCAAUUUCGACUUGUAAACAUAUCCACCGCGCACGAUCUUGCGAGAAGUCUCGCGAGUUAGUUCCUUGAUUUUAAGAGCUAAACCGUGAUUGGCUAAAAAGGUUUUACGUCACGGAAAUCGUUUUGCUGCUCGGGUUCGCAGACGCUAUUUUUCGGAGGGAGAGAAGCGACGACCGGAAAUGCGUCUGCUGUUCGCAGGCUACCCCCUCCUCUGCCAGCUAUAAUAACUGACCAGACAAGUUCGCCGACAUCUGUGAUGUCCAUGAUACGGACUCCGAAAAUGGAACCCCUUAGGAGUUUGAGCCUCCUGCACUCAACGUUAGCGCCGUUGGCGCGAACGGUGCACGUCCACCAGCUGAACCACUGCAUCGGGUACUUUCAAAUACUACCGAAAACCCUGAUAUGUUUAGUUACCAAGCCCGUAGUCACUUGUGAUGGAUGCACCUUGCGCUGACCUAGACUGCUUAAAAAGUGCUUUACUAUCAGCAUUUAUUGGGGUUUGAAAAGAUAGCUUUUGAGACCGUAAACCACCGUGUGGUCACGGGGAAUACUCUUUUUUUGUUAACGAAUAGUCGUGCAAGAAACGGUCCGGCUUGAGGGAGCGUCAGUAUACGGCUCGUCUUAUGAACAAGUCUAUUUUAAUGCAUUUUUUACUAGCGCAAGUGAAAAAGUUAUGUUGAUACCCCUGAUGGGUAAUAGUGUUUUCUUCCUGUGAUGUUGUUUGUUGUGAGGGUGUAGUGGGGAAUUUAGGACAUGAAAAGUUCCCGUUCUUUAGCUCGAGCUGAUGUACAGUAAAUGAAACGUUGCAAAGUUAUACUUAACUGAUACGUUUUCCAAUGCCUAGCGACUGAUGUUCUUUUUCUUCUUUCCUACCAGAAUGUCAGAACUACGGGAGUCUCAACAGCGGAACCCGAAGGACUUCCUAUAGCAGCUACUACUAUUAUUGUGAUAACGGUCUCGGCCCUGGAUGGUUCCGUUUUCAGGGGUCUGCCGGCACAAGAAUGGCAACAUCAUGUCCGUCUUACAUGAGGUGUGGUACCUAUUAUCCCGGCUGGCUAUAUGGUGGACACCCCUCAGUAGCAGACGGUCAGGCCACCAGGAAGGUGUAUUUUAGAAGUAAUUACAACUGCUGUUAUUACUCAAGAGGCAUCAAAGUGAGAAAUUGUGGUUCAUAUUACGUGUACUAUCUUAAUGGCGUACCUACUUGUUAUGCCCGUUACUGUGGCACGAACUAG